UGUGUUGUCACUCACAUCAUUUUCUCCCUCUCCUUCUUCUUUUUCUUCUCUUUCCCAAAAACAAUAUCUCCCUCUCCAUUCGUGCAGGUGCUCCUCCAUCGCCCCCGUGUCCACAACCACCUACGAGGUAAUUGUCUAGCACACUUUGUCACAUGCCAACUCUUCACCCACAUGUCUAAUGGCGGUUAAUUUUGCAUAGCAAGUUGUUAAGGGUAAAUGAAUGUGUGUCUACAAUUAUCAAUUUAUACUCAUAUACAUAUGUCGAUGACGCUAAUGGUUAAAUAUGCUUCGCAAGUGCACAUAGUUAAGAGUAAACAAGUGUGACUGUAUACAAUUCCGUAUGUAGCUGUGAUGUUAAUGGUUAAAUACACUUCAGAGUUUUCCGAUGGUUCUGCAGAGGUGGAGUUAAGACUAAAAUUAGGAGGUUUGGAUAUUCGAAGCCCCAGAGACAUAUCAGUUGAUACAAACGAUACUUCUUUAGCUAUCAGAGUGUUGCGGCCAGGAGCUCCCAUCACACUUAUAGAAACCAAUCCUCUUUUUGAUAGGAUUAAAUCCUCUGAAACAAUAUGGUAUAUAGAUGAUGAUGAACUUGUCGUGAACUGCAAGAAACAGGACCCGGAUUUGAAAUGGCCUGACAUCAUGGAGUCGUGGGAGUCACUUGCUGCAGGAUCUUCACAACUCUUGCAAGGAACAUCAAUAUAUCUUGUUGGUGAUUCAACAGAAAUCAACCAAAAAGUGGCUCAAGAGCUGGCAACUGGUCUAGGGUACACACCACUUAGCACAAAAGAAUUACUGGAAACAUAUACCAACCAGACUGUGGAUUCAUGGCUGCUUGCCGAAGGCUCUGACUCAGUAGCAGAAGCAGAAAGUGCUGUACUAGAAAGCAUAAGUAGUCAUGCUAGGGCAGUGGUUGCAACAUUAGGAGGGCAACAUGGUGCUUCUGGAAGAGCUAAUAAAUGGCAACAUCUUUAUGCAGGAUUUACUGUCUGGUUGUCACAGACCGAAGCACUAGAUGAGGAUUCUGCAAAGGAGGAGACCCAUAAAAGUGUCAAAGAUGGCACAAUUUCAUACACAAAUGCAGAUGUAGUUGUUAAGCUACAAGGCUGGGAUCCUGCUUAUGCCAAAAGUGUAGCACAAGCAUGUUUAAGUGCCCUUAAACAGUUAAUCCUGUCAGACAAGAAACUUCCAGGUAAAAAAAGCCUCUACAUAAGAUUGGGAUGUCGUGGUGAUUGGCCAAACGUAAAACCCCCUGGUUGGGAUCCAUCAAGUGAAGGUAACACAACUCUUGGCACUCGUUGAUGAUGCUUGAAAUUGAUGUGUAAGAUGUAAUUUGUUUAUACAAGUUUGUCUACCACAAAGACAACACAAGUGAUAGAUUCUGUUGUUCGUGCUGUUAUUCUAGUCACUUCAGUUUGAUAACUAUGUGAUGGAUGGUGUUACAUAAUUAAGGGCUUGUUGGUUGCAAAA